AAAGCGCGGUCACGCUAGCGAUUCUGACGAAACGUCGACAGAAGUUGAAAACCAAGCAACGGAAAACAGAAGAACCUCACAGUGAAGAACUUGACAAUGCCAUCCCCACACCAUUAUUCCUAAUAAUAAGCCACAAUGAAGAAGGCAAGUCUUUGAGCAAGAUCAGUCCCUUCAUUAUAAAUAAGGCCCUUGUCAACACAGCAGGACAACCAAAGUCAAUCAGAAAGUUGAGAAACGGAACAAUUUUGGUGGAGGCUGCGAAUUGCGGUCAAGCCAAGAAGCUCCUGCAAAUGCAACGUUUCUUUGACCAGGUCGAGAUCAAUGUCAAACCACAUCCUUCUCUAAACUCCUCUAAGGGAAUUGUUUUUAGCCGUGAUCUCAUCGAUUGCAGUGAAGAUGAGCUCAGAGAAGAGUUGCAUUAUUCGAUGGUAACGGACGUGGUUAGGAUAUUUAGGACUGAGAACGGUCAAAAAGUUCCCACAGCUGGAUUGAUAUUGACUUUUGCUAUGCCUCAGCCCCCGUCUACUAUAAAGGCCGGAUACCUGUCCUUGGCAGUAAGACCUUAUUUUAAAAACCCUCAGAGGUGCUUUAGGUGCCAAAGGUUUGGGCAUUCUAGCAAAGGGGUGUGCACCAAUUCAGAGACUUGCUCUCGUUGCGCCACAGAGGGCCAUAACGAGGAAGGCUGUAAAAACGACAUCCAGUGUGUAAACUGCAAAGGGAAACACCUAUCAUCCUCUAGAGAAUGCAAAGUAUAUUUAGAGGAAAAAGAAAUUCUUAAGAUAGUGACCCUCGAUAAACUUUCCUUCAACGAGGCUCGCAGGGAGUAUAGGAGAAGGGUUGCCCCUACUCCCAAAAAGGGAGUAUCCUACUCUGAAGCCGCUGCUGCCCCGGUCCAUCCUACCCAAUGUUCAUCCUGCUCAGUUUUGGAGGGUAUGCUCCGAACUCUAACCGAGCAGGUUGCCACUCUUGUGCAACAGCUUGCUGCCGUUGGAGGAGGGCAUUCUUUAUCGUCGCCAACAAUAUCCACUCAAAAGGCCCUUACAACCGGCUCAAAGCAGAAUCAGCCCCAAACAUAUUCAGCAGUCGCAUCACAUUCCAAAGACAGAUCGCAACAGAACAUAAAACCACAGUUAUCCUUGGAAGAAAAAAGACAGAUUUCGUCCAAGCUCAAAGCGUCGAUUCAGAAAAAAGUAGACAAUAGGACGAAGGUGCCGGUAAGAAAUUCACCCUCAUCUAAAUCCUCUCUACAGUCAAUUCCUGACGAAGAUAUGACCGACGACCCUUUGCAGUUGCAGUCGGAGUUCCAGACAGACUACAACACUUUUCGUCGCGACUACUACCAAGCCAUUGCUUGUGGAGGUGUUGCGAUACUAACUGAUCCCUCCUUAAAUGCCAGAGAGAUAAACCUCAAUACCAAUCUCCAAGCAAUUGCAGUAACAGUAUCACUCCCUAUUACAGUAACUAUAUGCUCCCUGUAUCUACCACCAGCCCCUCUGGUUGUGGCUCGCGACGAUCUGAGUGAUCUCAUUGCUCAGCUUCCAGUUCCCUUUCUGAUUGUUGGCGACUUCAACGCUCAUCACCUUUCUUGGGGUUCCGGCCAUUGCGGUCAGCGAGGUAACAUGGUUGCCGGGUUGUGCGACGGAUUACAACUUGUGAUCCUCAACGAUGGGUCGGCCACCUAUAUGUGCCCCAGAACUGGCGCGUGGUCUGCUAUUGACUUGUCGAUCUGUAGUCCUGCCUUAUCCACCAGAGUCCAUUGGUCUGUCCUAUCCGACCUGUCGGGAAGCGACCAUGCCCCGAUUGCUGUGGCUAUUGAAUCCCUUACCCAGCCGUUGACCAAGACUCCGAGAUGGAUAAUUAACAAAGCCAAUUGGGAUGAAUUCAAAAAGAGCAUAAGUUCUCAAACCGAAAACAUUCAAAACACUGAUAUAAACGCAGCAACAUCGUUAUUCACAUCAUCACUGGUUUUAGCGGCCGAAAAGAGCAUUCCCAAAACUUCGGGGAAACCAAAGAGGCACAAUGUGCCGUGGUGGUCCGAUGAAUGCUCAAAAGCCCUAAAAGACCGAAGAAAAUGUUUAAAAAUAUUUAAUAAAUUUCCGACUGAGCCAAAUCUUGAGCGGUUCAGGAGAUCAAGAGCGAAGGCUCGACAAGUAUUCAGACUGAGUCGGCGCCAAUCUUGGCUAAACUUUACCGACCACAUUACUCGAACUACUCCUGUGUCAGACGUUUGGAGAAAACUGCGCUCUGUGUGCAAUAAUCACUCCCCACCCCCCAUCUUAGGUUUAAAACAUGGAAAUGAUUUUGUUACCGAGCCCAAGGCGAUCGCAAAUAGGUUUGCCUCCUACUUUGCGGGAAUCUCCAAAACAUCGUCCUACGACCGCGAGUUUAAAAAUUUCAAAGCCAUACAAGAAUCGCUCCCCCUUAAUCUGAUUUUACACGACGACUCUCCUCUCAAUCAUCCUUUCACUCUCCACGAACUAAACUCUUCACUAAAGGCCACCUCCAACUCCGCUCCAGGUCCCGAUAGCAUACAUUAUGCAAUGCUGCGAAACCUACCAGCUGGUAUUAAACAUGAUUUACUCCUUCUGUACAAUAGAAUAUUUAUAGAAAACGAAUUCCCUGUGUCUUGGCGUCGAUCACAUGUUAUCGCAUUGCACAAAAUGGGCCAGGAUAGCACUUCUCCUGGGAGCUAUCGACCUAUCUCACUAACGAGCAGUCUUUGCAAGACCCUCGAACGCAUGGUCAAUCGGAGACUCGUCUGGUUUUUGGAGAAAAAUAGUCUCCUAUCUGCCCCACAGUGUGGCUUUCGUCAGGGGAGAUCGUCUACUGACCAUUUGAUAACAAUGGAAACGGCCAUACUGAAUGCUUUCAUCCAAAGAAGGCAAAUGACUGCCGUUUUCUUUGACUUAAUGAAAGCAUAUGACACUGCUUGGAGAAGAGGUAUCAUAAAUACACUGGUAUCUUGGGGAAUUGGAAACCACAUGCUGGCGUUCAUUAACGGUUUUAUGAUGGAUAGAUCUAUUCAAGUGAGGCUAGGAAAAACUCUUUCUGACCCUUUCAUUCAAGAGAAUGGAAUUCCGCAAGGAAGCGUCCUGAGCUGUACUCUGUUCGCUAUUGCCAUCAAUGAUAUCGCCUCUUGUGUCGCCCCUCCGGUACAUUGUUCUCUCUUCGUUGACGACUUCGCCAUCUUUGUUACUGCAAAAAGGCUUUCUACAACGGAGCGUGCUCUUCAGCUCACUAUUAAUCGCCUUGUUAAGUGGUGCGGUAGAACUGGUUUCACCUUUUCUCUGCCAAAAACGAGGUGCAUGGUGUUCUCUAGGUUGCGCUCUGUCGAUGAACCAACACUUUUUUUAAAGGGUCAGAGAAUAACGCCUUGUGAAGAAAUCAAAUUCUUAGGCCUAACCUUCGAUCGCCGCCUUACCUGGAUUUCACACCUUAAAAAUCUUAAGUCUAAAUGCCUUAAGCGGCUAAACCUUAUCAGAGCUCUGAGUGGGACGAAUUGGGGGGCAGACAGGACCUGCAUGCUCAGGUUCUAUAAAGCCUUUAUACGCUCCUGCUUGGACUAUGGAUGUCAGGUUUAUGGAUCAGCGAGACCUAAUGCACUCAAGAUGCUAGACUCAAUCCACAACUCUUCUCUAAGACUGGCCACGGGAGCAUUGCGAUCUAGCCCUGUGAUUAGUAUAUAUGCCGAAACAGGAGAGCCUCCGCUUAGUCAUAGAAGAGUUCAACUUUCAUUGAAUUACGUCCACACACUCAUGUCCAAACCUCAAAAUCCCGCCUACGACUGGGUCCUAAACAAUUCACUACACGAUCAGUUCAUUACUAAACCGAGGCACCCUGCACCAAUUGGUGUAAGAGCUAUAUCAUACAAUUCUCAGAUAGGUCUAACCGAUUACGAGGUCAGGGAGUUGCAUCAGUGCGAUGUCCCGCCUUGGUCCGUAACUCCACCAGAAAUAAUCUUGAACCUCUCCACCUUUAAAAAACAUACGACACCGGACACCAUAUAUCAUCAAGAAUUCCGUCAAAUCUUACAACAACUCUCUCCGUGCGAUGUGAUAUACACAGAUGGAUCAAAGGAUGGUCCGAGGACAGGUUGCGCUUUUGUUACUGCGGGUAGACGAUACGGUUUCCGACUCCCCAGCGACUCCUCUGUUUACACGGCUGAACUGACAGCUAUACAGAAGACCCUGAACAUUACGUGGUCUAGAACUGGUAAGUUGGUAAUCUGCAGUGACUCUCUUAGUAGUCUGCAAGCAAUUGGCGACAUGUACUCUAAGAACAUCUUGGUUCGAAGUAUCUGGUCCUCACUACACAAGCUACAGUCGGAGGGAGUGGUUGUUAUUUUUGUCUGGGUUCCCGGACACGUAGGCAUCCAUGGCAACGAGCUGGCAGACAGAGGAGCAAAAGAAGCUUUGGAGCUCCAACCAUUCACCUUACGGAUGGUGGCAUCAGACAUCACUCCUGUGGUGAAAGCCAAGCUAAAAGCUAUGUGGAGUUCCGAAUGGCAGGCGGUCUACAACAACAAGCUAAGAAUCAUCAAAGACUGCACAAGACCUUGGGGUACAGCUCAUCGCCGGAGUCGGCGUGAGGAGGUGGUGUUGUGUCGCCUUCGUCUUGGCCACACACUGCUCUCUCACGGCUUCCUUAUGAAUCGAGGGGACCCACCGAUUUGCGCCACAUGCGACACUGUUAUUACAGUGAAGCAUGUGCUGGUCGACUGUCCUUGCUACUCAAGGUGCCGUCGAGCUAUCAAUCUGCCAGCUUCGUUAAGGGAUGUGCUAGGUGAUGACGAAACUGUUGUGAGGAGGCUCUUCGCCUUUUUAACAGCAUCCUCCCUAGUAAGCAAGAUUUAA